AUGGCCUCCCAAAAUCGCGAUCCAGCCGCCACCCAAAAAGGAACUGAGCCUAGCGAGGGCGCCGCCAGGGGUCCUGUGGGAAACAGGCUACAGCAGGAGCUGAUGACCCUCAUGAUGUCUGGAGACAAAGGAAUCUCUGCUUUCUCUGAAUCAGACAACCUUUUCAAAUGGGUAGGGACUAUCCAUGGAGCAGCUGAUCCGGUAUAUGAAAAGCCAAGGUAUAAGCUCUCCCUAGAGUUUCCCGGUGGCUCCCCUUACAAUGCACCCACAGUGAAGUUCCUCACGCCCUGCUAUCACCCCUGCGUGGACACCCAGGGUAACAUCUGCCUGGACAUCCUCAACGACAAGUGGUCUGCCCUAUAUGAUGUCAGGACCAUCCUGCUCUCCAUCCAGAGCCUGCUAGGAGAAUCCAGUAUCAAUGGUCCUUUGAACACACAUGCUGCUGAGCUCUGGAAAAACCCCACAGCUUUUAAGAAGUACCUGCAAGAAACCUACUGGAAGCAGGUCUCCAGCCAAGGGCCCUGA